CACGAAAGACGAAACUCCCAUUUUAGUCCAGCAGCGACACGUCACACCCAAAAAUGCUCAAAACCUUAGCCACCAUCUCCACCGCUUCACCACUCAUCUCCACCGCCACCACGGCAACCGCCCCCAAAUUCUCUCUCUGUAACCCCUUUCUUUCUCUUUCUAAGCUCCGACCCAAACCCGCCUCCAAUGUCCCGCAAACCCACCGGACCAUCUCCUUCCGGACCCCCCAAAUGAACAUCCUCAACAAGCUCGGCUUCGGCCCCAAGACCGCCGACCCCAACUCCGAAUCCUCCGCCAUCGCCCAGGGCCCCGACGAUGACGUUCCGGCCCCGGGUCAGCAGUUCGCCCAGUUUGGAGCUGGGUGCUUCUGGGGUGUCGAGCUGGCGUUUCAGCGAGUGCCCGGCGUGACGAAGACGGAGGUUGGGUACAGCCAGGGGUUUCUGCACAACCCGAGUUACGAGGACGUGUGUACCGGCACCACCCAGCACUCGGAGGUCGUGAGAGUGCAGUACGACCCUAAAGAGUGCAGCUUUGAGAGCCUGCUCGAUCUUUUCUGGUCCAGGCACGACCCAACCACGCUCAAUCGCCAGGGGGGUGAUGUCGGGACACAAUACAGAUCCGGAAUAUACUUCUACACACCUGAGCAAGAGAAGGCAGCACGAGAAUCUCUGGAACAACACCAGAAGAAAGUGAACCGAAAGAUUGUCACAGAGAUCCUUCCUGCCAAGAAGUUCUACAGAGCGGAGGAGUACCAUCAGCAGUACCUUGCAAAAGGGGGACGUUUUGGUUUUGGUCAAUCUGCUGAGAAAGGAUGCAAUGAUCCAAUCCGAUGCUACGGCUAAUCUAUUUGGUAAUGUCUCUAAAGGCAAACCGUACCCGUUAUUGUUCAUAGAUAGAUGCUUUUGUCCAUAUAUUUGACGUGUAACCAGCUUCUGCGUACUUUGUCGAGUAAAGUAUGGUAUGAGUGAGCCUGGAUCUAUAAGUAAUUUGUACUUUUGCGUGUGUUGCCUCAUCUACUAUUGGCUAAAUUUGGAAGUGAAGAGCUGGUGUCUUCACUUUUGUGUUAAGGUUUCUGUCUGGCAAUUGGUUUUGUUAAUAUAUGUUAUUGGCACUCUUA